GAAGAUCUAGGUUGUAGUCCCAACUGACACUCGUUGUGUUACUUUGGGCAAGUCACUUAACCUUUCUGGGUCCCUGUUUUCUCACCUCAUAGCAGUUGAGAAUAAAAUAUGGGAAAGUAAUAUAAAAUCACUUUGAAUGUGGACUAUAGGGACUCCUGUUUAAGUUGUCACCAGCUGGCUCUGUAAACAUGGUCAACUUCCCUAACCCUGGUUUCCCCAUCAGCAAGUCAGAGCAAAGAGCAAUUGUUUUAUAGGGCUAGUGUAAGAAUUAAGUAGAACAAUGAAUAUUAAGAUCUCAUCAUACUGUCUAGCAUAUAGUUGUUGUUGUGUGUAGCUGAGUCAGUUUCAACUCAUAGUGGCCUCACGUGACGGAGUAGAACUGCCUCUUAAGGUUUUCUAGGCUGUAAUCUUUAUGGGAGCAGAUUGCCAGGUCUUGUCUCCCACGGAACCAGUGGGUGGUUUGAACUGCCAGCUUCCGGUCAGCAGCUGAGCGCUUAGCUGUUGCAUCACCAGGGCUCCUUAGCAUAUAAAAAAAAACCACAUAUAUAUUAUGUAUCCUUAUCCCCUAAAACAGUGCCUGGGGAUUAAUAGGCGCUCAAGAUCUAUUUGUUGAAUAAAAAAUUUUGCAGAAGAGGAAACUGAGGCACCAAGAGGUUAAGUAACCCUCCCCCACCCACAGUAACAGAGAGUUGGUGAAGCAGUGUGUACAUACAGCUAAGGAAUCGAAGUCCAGAGCCUGCCUUAGGAGCCUCUAUGCCAUGCUGCUUUAUGUAAAUCUGUGGUGUUAGAUGCUACCAAUUUGUUCAUUAAAGAUACAUAUUCAAAGCUUCUUGUGUAUUUUAAUUGUUGGGCACCUGCAGGUGGGGUGAGUUGACAGUGAGAAACUUUAGCCUCCAGAAAAGCCACACAGCCCCUACCCCUCCAAGGGGUGCCAGGCUGCUACAAGAGGGAUCUGCUCAGCCAGGCCAGGGACCAGUGGACUCAUCCCAUGACCAGGAAAUGAGGGAAUCCAUCGGCUGGGGGGUCUAAUGCAUGCGCAGUCCCCGGGGUAAGAGGGGCCCUCUCUUUUCCAUUGCUGUUCCUGCAGCCACUCAGUCACCUACUCCACUGACAUUUACUGAGGGUCUCCAAUACAGCAGGCAAGGACAAAGACGGAUGAGACAUGAUAACCAAUGGCUACAAUGUAGCAGACUCAGAAUGACUGCAGAGGCAUGCUCCAAGUGGGGGCCUGGGAGAGUCAGCAAUCAACAGAUUGGAAGGCUGGACCAAGGCAGCCAGCAUUUAAACUGGGCAUUGAAGGAUAAGUACGAGUUUGCCAGCCAUGAUGCGGUUUGGGAAUGAAGGGCAUUCUGGGCUUAUCUGGGAAACAUAAGAAGUUUGGUGGGGUUGGCAUCUUGAGUGGGAGCAUGGGUAAGGGAAGGAAUUGGAAAACCAGGAAGUUGAAAGUCGGUAGGGUCCAGAUUGUGAAAUAUGCCACAUAGAACUCCAUUCUGUGGUCAGUGGGGAAAGCCGUGUAAAUAACCAAGUGUGUAUUUUAGAAAUAUGCCUGCAGGGACACAAUGGUUGGAUGGUAAGGGGAGAGAAGAACUGAGACCUGUUGCAGUUACUGAUUUCGUGACCUUGACCCCUUUAGGCUUUCUUUCCCUCAGAAAAUAACUGUAUCUUUCAUGGUUGUUUUGAGGCUUCAAUGAAGCAAUGGUUUAUAACAAUGUAAAGUAUCAUCAUGCUUGAUUGCCGGUACUUUUGCCUAGUGGUCAACCAUACCGGCUUUGCUGCCAUUGCAACCUAAGUUUGUGUCCUAGCCAUGUUAAGUAGCUAGGCAUGACGGGAGAGUGAUGAUGAAGGGAUAGCUCAAAGUGAGGCUGACAGGACUUGGCUUUGUGGAAUGCGGGAGGGGCAGUGAGACCUUUGGCAAAUGAUGGUUCCUUACUCCGACAGACUCCGAGACAGGAUCUGAGUCCAGCUUUGGACAGGAUGAGUUUGAGGUGGGCGCUUGGAGGACAUUCCGGAUGUCCAGGACAGAAUGAAUGUCAAUUCAAGACCAGCACUGCUCUCCUCCAAGGAAAGGCCGGGAGGUCCCAGCGGGCGCUACGACAGGAGAAAGCAGAAAGAGCCCAGCCAGAGGCUGCAGGGCGCUCAGGAAGCCAGCUUCCCAUCCGAGGCGGGACUACAGCCGGGGAGGAGGGAGAGCAGGGCGGCCCCAGAUGUGGAAAACUUCGCCCAGCAGAGCGCGGCGGAGACACCGGGAGGCCCGCGGCGGGCUGAGGAGUGCGCGUACGCUCCGCCUGGCCGCGAGGACCAAGGAAUAAGAGCUGGCAGUCUGGCGCGGAGGGGAAAGGGGGGCGCCAGGGUGGCGAGGGAGAAAGAACGAGAUGGCAGGAAGCCGGGAGGAGUGAGUGAGGGGUGGAGACCGAGGAGGGGAAAGGAAAAGGGAGGGUAAGAGGGGUGGAGAGUGGGAAAGAGAAAGCGAGGAGGGCUAGAGGGAGCAGAGAGGGGAGGAAGGGUGGGUAGAAGGGAAGAGGAAGCGAGACAGACUCGGAAGGUAGCGCGGAGGCCGCGGCGGGCGCAGCGGGCACCUCGGCCCGGACGCCCCCGCGAACAAGCGCCGCCAUUCCGCUGCUCGGGGCGCCUCCGCCGCCGCCGCCGCCGCGCCCGGCGCCCAUGCUCCCGCCACCCCCGCGCCAGCCGCCGCCCCAGGCGCGCGCGGCCCGAGGCGCGGUGCGCCUGCAGCGGCCCUUCCUGCGCAGCCCGCUGGGCGUGCUGCGGCUGCUGCAACUGCUGGCCGGCGCCGCCUUCUGGAUCACCAUCGCCACAAGCAGGUACCAGGGCCCAGUACACUUCGCGCUCUUCGUGUCUGUGCUCUUCUGGCUGCUGACCCUGGGCCUCUACUUCCUCACGCUGCUGGGCAAGCACGAGCUGGUGCCCGUGCUGGGUGCGCGCUGGCUCCUGGUCAACGUGGCCCACGACCUGCUGGCGGCCGCGCUGUACGGCGCCGCAACGGGCAUCAUGAUCCACCAGACACAGCUCCACAGCUACUGCAACAUCAAGGAUUACCGGCUGCCCUGCGCCUACCACGCCUUCAUGGCGGCCGCCGUCUGCGGCGGCCUGUGCCUUGGCCUCUACCUGCUCUCGGCGCUAUACGGCUGCUUCCGCCUCUGCCAGGGCGAACAGGAGGUGGUGUGAGGCCGCCCGCGGCCUUCGCGGGCCCGACCCGGGCGGGGGACCUUCUGGAGAGCGGCGCCACAGUCCUUCCUGCCGCCGCUGCCCCGCGGUCGUGCGCCCUGGCACCCUCCCCUUGCCCUGCCUUUCUGCUGCCGCCCACGCCCAGGAACGGGGACCCUGACACGCAGCUCCCAUAUAACGGCGGGCCCUGAGGCUAAAGCGCUGCGCGGGACGCGCCCUCUCCAGGGACCUGGGCGGGGCUGCAAUCGGAGGGGUGGAUGCACACCCUAAGACGGGCCGCCUCGAGGCGAAACCUCGCGGUUCCUGUUCCCUUCCCUACUGAGAGCGAGACGUGGAGAGGCGCCGCGUAGAUCCGGAGGAGGCUUCCAAAUUGGAACCAGCCUUAGCGCUGGGUGACUGCGCCCUACUCCCGGCCCCGCGGUCAGAAGAGCACCCUUUCCGGGCCUGUCCAGCCUCGGGUGCUGUAGAAGGCCGGCAUGCAGCCGCUGGCGGAGCUGGGGAGAGGCCUCGGCUGGUUCUGGCAUGAGUGACGACUUUGGGAUUGUGCAAACGUCCUGAGGAGCCCCUCCCGGCACACACCUCGGUACUUUGAUGUCUUGGCUGGUGCCCAUCUGCAGAGGUGCGGAUGAAUGGGAAGGGCUGGCUGUACCCUUGCACCUUCGGAGUCCUCUCACAUAUGCGUGCCCAGCCUUUGUCUAAACACACAGGUCACUGAUCCCCAGCCUCACAGUGAUACAAGCCCCUUCCCAGCCUUCCUCUCACAGGCGUCUGCUUCACCGCCCCGCCCCCCCCUCCAAAUCAUCACGGAAAGUUAGGGUGAGUUCCACCCCUUCUUUUUACAUAUAAGGACCCCGGAUCUGCUCUUGGGAACAGCCAGAACAGAAUUAGAACCGGUCUCCGGACUCUCAGUCCAGCGCUGUUUACCUUCCCACUAACCCUGCCCUGGAGAUACUCCUUUAAAGGAGGAUUUCAAGAGCAAAUAGAUUUGCCCUUGGCGCUAUUGCCCUUUGGAGAUUGACAAUACAUUUGUAUAUCAAAGGCUCUGAGAAGUCCGCUGUAAAAGAAGCACAGGUAACUUAGUUUACAGUAUUAAUUAUCUUGGGGCCUGGACCAGUUUUACCCACCUUAAGAUUCCACACAGCCCUGUGCUGUGCUGACCCAAGCCAUUGCCUUCGGUCUAUGGAGAUUUGGGGAGCAUGUUCUCUUCCCACGUUCCCUAGCAGAGAGAGGGAGACAGCUUGCCCUUGCCAGGCCAGCGAGAGAGCCCAUACACCAAGACCUGGGAGGUGGAUUUGAACAUCCUUUGACAUUGCUUGGGAUGGUUUCCCAGUCAAAAGGAACUUCAUGUGUAAGAGAUCUUGGUGUUGUCCAUGAAGCUGGAGGGUCACGAUCACCCAAGAGAGGAGAAAAAUCUCUGGAGCUGGAGUGAACAGCUGGCCAAGUGUCUGGGAGGCUUCCAUGUUGCUGAGGCCAUGGAGACUCCCAGAGCUUGGUUGUGCUGAUCUCUCCGAGUGCCCAAUUUCCCCGGCUUGCAACACCGUUCUGGCUCAGGCCAGUGGAAGUUUUCAGAGCUUCGUUAUCUGUCGAGGGAGAUGGGGGAGAGAGAACAACUUCUGCUCAACAUCUUCCCUUCACACAAGCUUCUACACUAUCCAUGGAAGAAUCAAUACGAGGAAGACUCAUUUUGCCUUAACCCAAGGAGAUUCCUGAUUCCUGAUUUGGGCACAAGAUUCCAGACACCUGGAACUGAGUUCUGCACCCCUGAACCCUAAACAAUGGGUUUUAGCCCCAGCUUUUGUUCCUUUUUCUUUUCUGUCUUUAGAUCAUCAUUUAAGUUGCAUCCUCAGAUCAGGUCCGGCCCCCUGAGAGCCCCCUCCUUAGCCCUUAGCCCAGGGUGCUCUGUCUGUGGUCGGGGGACCUUAUUCAGGAGCAGAAUCUCCUUGGCCUUGACAGUGCCUUAUCCAUUCAGAUGUGCCUGUAGCAUUCCAGCGCAUUGUGACUCUUCUAGAUGUGCCUUUCCACUUGGCCUCCAGCUGCUUGGUAGUUCCUCUGUCUGCUGGAUGUGAGAAGGACGUGUAAGACAGCCCCCACAUGCAUGCCCUCCUCCCACUUGAGGCCUUGUGCCAUACAUAUGGCCAUCUGACCUGGCCCAGACUUUUGGAUACCGGUGAUAAUCUCAUAGGCUUCAUCCUCUUUGGACACCAGGAUCCAGUCCAGCCCGAGAUCAUGCUGGGUAACUCCCAGCUCAAAAGUCUGGGGCCACGUGCAGACCUGGACGAGAAUUUCUACAGUGUUCUACAAAGGCCAAAAGGGAGGGUGGAAGGGGUGAGUGUGGGCAAGGAGGGGGGACCAAUGUGCCUAUUCAGUAGUUUAGUGUGAUUACUAAUCUGCUUUUCUGAAUAAAAUUUGGUUUGUCUGA